AUGGCUGUUGGUCCAUGUGUUCGAGGAUUCUUAAACUGCAUUAGACCGGUUAUAGUCAUGGAUGGAACAUUCCUUAAGAACAAAUAUCGGGGUCAGUUGAUAGUUGCUGUUUGCUUGGAUGGUAACAAUCAAAUUUAUCCUCUUGCCUUUGGAGUGGUGGACAGAGAAACAGAUGCUUCAAUACAGUGGUUCUUAGAGAAAUUGAAAGGUGCAAUAGGAGAGGUGCCUAAUCUAGGCUUCGUGACAGAUCGAAAAACAUGUUUUUCUAAGUGUAUUGCAUCGGUUUUUCCCUCCGCAUUCCAUGGACUUUGUGUCCAACACUUGACUCAAAAUUUGAAUGAUAAAUACAAGAAUGACACUAUAGCUACUUUGUUUUACAAUGCAUCUAGAACAUAUCGUGAAUCAACGUUCUCAGAAGCGUGGAGAAGUAUUCUUGCAUUUCCUAAUGAUUCAGGAAAAUAUUUAAACGAUGUUGGAAUAACACGUUGGUCUCGUUUUCACUGUCCAGGAAGACGAUAUAAUAUGAUGACAACAAAUAUAGCAGAGUCCAUGAAUUCUAUACUGAAAGAACCUAGAGAUUUGCCUAUUGCUUCAUUCCUUGAACAUGUUCGAGCUUUGCUACAACGUUGGUUUUGGGAGCGUCGAGAAGAAGGCAUUAAAGUGACGUCUACAUUGACUAAAUGGGCAGAGUUAGUUCUACAAAAGAAACAAGAACGAGCUUUGACAAUGAAAGUCAACCCAAUUGAUUGUUACCAAUUCCAUGUUAAAGAUUUAGAUAAAGAGGAGCUUAUGUGCUAA